AUGGCAAUGGCGGUGUUUAAGUCUCCGCUUAAAGGGGAGUUUCAUGGGGAUAUAAAGAAAAUGGAAGGGAAGCAUUAUAAGCAGAUGAAUCAUCUGCUUCAGAAGCAGUUUUCUUCAGGACGGAGACGUGUUUUCGUGCAAACAGAAACUGGCUGUGUGUUGGGAGUUGAGUUGGACCGUAAUGACAAUGUACACACAGUGAAAAGAAGGCUUCAGGUUGCGUUUAACUUCCCUACAGAUGAAAGCUCCUUGACCUUUGGGGAUAUGGUGCUGAAGAACGAUGACUUGAGUGCCUUGAGGAAUGAUUCUCCGCUUCUCUUAAAGCGUAACUUGAUGCAUAGAAGCUCGUCUACUCCUUGUCUUUCACCUAAUGGGAAUGAUCUUCAGAGGAAAGACCUGAGUGGUCCUAUUGAGAUACUUAGUCAUUCGAGUUGCUUUUUGUCCUUGAAGGAAACUGCUAAGGACAUUGUUGAGGCGAUGAAGUUAGGUGUUGAGCCAGUCCUUGUCAAUGGUGGUCUCGGAGGAGCGUACUAUUUUAAGGAUGGUAAAGGUCAAAGCGUUGCGAUUGUUAAGCCAACAGAUGAAGAACCGUUUGCUCCUAACAAUCCUAAAGGCUUUAUAGGGAGGUCGCUUGGUGAGCCUGGUUUGAAGCCUUCUGUGAGAGUUGGAGAAACAGGGUUUAGAGAAGUUGCUGCGUAUCUUCUUGACUAUGAUCACUUUGCUAAUGUUCCUCCCACGGCUCUUGUGAAGAUAACUCACUCUGUCUUCAAUGUCAACGAUGGAGUGAACGGGAACAAGAGGAAGGUGGUGAGCAGCAAGAUUGCUUCCUUUCAGAAGUUUGUGGCGCAUGAUUUCGAUGCCAGUGAUCACGGGACUUCGAGCUUCCCUGUGGCUUCCGUGCACCGUAUUGGGAUAUUGGACGUAAGGAUUCUCAACACAGACCGGCAUGGUGGAAACCUUCUGGUGAAGAAGCUUGAUGUUGAUGAUGGUGUUGUUGGGAGGUUUGGUCAAGUGGAGCUUAUUCCUAUAGAUCACGGUCUCUGCUUGCCGGAAACUUUGGAAGAUCCUUACUUUGAGUGGAUUCAUUGGCCUCAGUCUUCGAUACCUUUUUCUGAAGAAGAGCUUGACUACAUACAGAAUCUUGAUCCAGUGAAGGACUGUGACAUGCUUCGAAGAGAGCUUCCGAUGAUUCGAGAGGCAUGUCUCAGGGUUUUGGUUCUGUGUACUGUUUUCCUCAAAGAAGCUGCUUCUUUUGGGCUUUGUCUUGCAGAGAUUGGUGAGAUGAUGACUCGAGAUUUCCGAGGAGGAGAAGAAGAGCCGAGUGAGCUAGAAACGGUGUGUAUUGAAGCCAAGAGAUUAGCCGCAGAGCAAGAAUGUUUAUCUCCGAUAUCGGAUUUAGAAGGAGAGACAGAGUUUCAGUUUGAUCUCGACUAUGAUGACCUAGAAUCGGUUUAUGACUCCAAGACACAAACCGAUGUGAGUACAUUUGCCAAGAACCCGUUUUCAAACGCACGUUCUUCACUUGGAAAGCUAGAAGGCAGCAGCAUUACGGAGGAAGAAGAGGCGAGACUUGCUCGAUCUCUAUCAAAGCUUUCAAUGUCAGUGAAGAAGAACAAUGUAAGCAGCAACAUGGGAUCUAACUUCUCAAAGCCUCCUAGAGACAGAGCCGAGAAGCCGUUGUCAAGUCACAAGAGCGCGAACGUGCAGCUCCCGGUUGGUGCGAACUUUGUUAAGUUGACGGACAUGAAGGAAGUCGAGUGGGUUGUGUUCUUGGAGAAGGUUCAGGAGUUGCUUGAGUCGGUGUUUGCAGAACGUAAGAGCAUGGCGUUGUUGAAUAGACAGAGACUUGGUACAUCGUGCCAGUUUUGA